CAUCAACAGCCUUAGCCGAGUCCCAACAACGACUCGUGGUUUUGUCGAGCUUUGAAUCCCAGGCGCGGCUGAUCGCACCUGGACCAUCUCUGAGCGUACCAGUCAGCAUUUGCAGUGUUCAUUAGGCUGAAUAGAAGCAUCAGCCAUGAUUCUGUCGCGAGCUGCCGCGCGCCGAGCGGCGACACUCGCGGCCCCAUCUGCCCUUCGACCACGCCGCUUGCCUGCCGCUGCUAUCUGGAGUCGGGGCAUGGCCAAAGACAACAAGCCGCCGUUGGCUCGAUUCUCUAGACCGCAGAACACGCCCGCACAGAAGCCGUCACAGCCCCCGCCACCCAGCAGCUCCCCAUCCGCGACGUCUUCCAAACCCAACCCCGAACCACCAAAGGAGCCCAGCACGGACCGAGCAGACGAGUCCACAGCGCCCCAAGAACCGGCACAAGAACCGGUACCAGACCUCUCGAAGCUUCCCGACCUGACACAAGGCAUCCCGUCCACACUCGAGUAUGAAACGACCGGCGCAACCAACAAGUCUGCUUUGGCCGCCGUCGAAGAGGAGGGUGCUGCCAAAGCUGGUGGGGGAGGAGGUCGUGGAAAAGGCGAGCUGCCCGCGUCAGCCUACGUCUCGUCGACGGAGCGGCGUCGUCAGAAAUGGGCCAUGUGGGCCUUCGCCGGCACAGCCCUGUCCGCCGUCUUUGGUGUUGUCUACCUUGGCAGGGACUGGGACGAGGAGGAGCUCAAAAAGAACCCCGAUGUGCCCAACGGCUGGAGCAUUGGCCUCUGGUGGAAGCGCGCCAUGGCUCGUAUGACUGAUACAGUCACGUACUACCAAGAGCCGGCUUUUGAAAAGCUCCUGCCAGAUCCCGACCCCUCGUUUGAGCGACCUUACACGUUGUGCAUCAGCCUGGAGGACAUGCUCGUCCACAGCGAGUGGAGCCGUGAACAUGGCUGGCGGGUGGCGAAACGCCCCGGCGUCGACUAUUUCCUGCACUACCUGAGCCAGUACUACGAAAUCGUCCUCUUCACGACCGUCCCCUUCGCCACCGGUGAGCCCCUGGUGCGCAAGCUCGACCCGUAUCGUUUCAUCAUGUGGCCGCUCUUCCGCGAGGCCACCAAGUACCAGGAUGGUGAAAUCGUAAAGGAUCUGUCGUAUCUGAAUCGAGAUCUGUCAAAGGUCAUCAUCAUCGACACCGAAUCCAAGCAUGUGCGCCUUCAGCCUGAGAACGCUAUUAUUCUGCCCAAGUGGACAGGCGAUGUCAAGGACAAAGAGCUCGUCUCCCUGGUGCCGUUCCUCGAGUUCAUCCACACCAUGCAGUACAGCGACGUGCGCAAGGUCAUUAAAUCGUUCGAGGGCACUCACAUCCCCACCGAGUUCGCCCGGAGAGAGGCGUUGGCCCGGGCGGAGCACAACAAGCGGAUCCAGGCCAAGCAACCUCGCGCGGGCGGAAUGAGCUGGCUUGCCAGUCACCUCGGUCUUAAGCCGAGCAAUAUGAGCCUCAUGGUGGCCCCGGAGGGCGAGGAGAACCCUACCGAGGCAUUUGCCAAAGGCAAGAUGCUGCAGGACAUUGCUCGCGAACGUGGUAUUCGGAAUUACCUGAUGCUCGAGGAGGAGAUCCGCAAGAAUGGCGAGAAGUGGCUGAAGGAAGAGCAAGAGGCUAUGGAGAAGGCCCAGAAGGAAGCCAUGAAGAGCAUGAAGUCUUCCUUCUUCGGCUGGUUCGCUUCCUCUGGGGAUUCGAAGGCCGAAGCGUCGAGCAGCAGCGACAGCAAGGGAAAAUGAUGACAUGAACGAUCUGACAUUUCCCUCGCCAUGUAUUAACAGUUUCGAAAACCCCACUUUCUCUUCCUAAUCAGGGGUUUGCAUCUUAGGGGAAUGCUUGAGACUCUACUGGUUGGUAGGGGCCUGCAUUUGGGACAAAGUUGUGUAAGGUACGGAGGACGGCGUUGCAUAACAGUUACGGCAUCUUAAAGAGUAUAAUACCCCAGAGGCAGACUUCUGGGCCUUGUAUCAUACACAUCAAACAAUUUUAAAGUGUAGAACAACGGGUGCAGAUGC